CAUAACACAGGCCCCUGAGGGCUCGAGGCACACACGCUAGAUUUAAUUCCAGUGUCAAAUGGCCUGACCACGUUUAUGACGCCCCGUGGUGAGUUAAUCUGAGGCAGGGAAGUCUGGAACCAAAAAAAUCCCCUGUGGUGGACAACCUGCUCAGGAACACUUCUCUUUCAGCUUUCACUGUGAAGACAAGAGUUUUUUCCCUUUUUUUAAAUUCUGCAUGUAUUUAAUGGACUAGUUUGGAAACGAUAAAGCUGCGUGCUGUUUCACAUCAGAAGUCUGGAAAGAGAAAUGUCAUAUACAACAAAACUUCCUGCAUCUUGGAACGAUGAGCCUCCUGCUCGGAAAGUGGAGAUCGACCUGAGCUCACCUGGUCUCGCUGUGGUCGAGUUGGAAAGGCUCUUGUUUACCGGCAAACCCAUUAUCAGUCACGCAGAUGAAGUUUGGCCAAGGGUCUACAUUGGUGACCAGCACAGCGCAGAGAACACGGCCGAUCUGUCCAAGCAUCAGAUCACACACAUCCUGAAUGCAGCUCACAGUAAGCGUGGAGGACAGCCAGGUAUCUACAGGGGCAUGGAGAUCACAUACAUGGGCAUAGAGGCUCAGGACUCCUGUGGCUUUGACAUGAGCGUCAAGUUCCUCACAGCAGCAGACUUCAUCCACAGGGCUCUCAGCAGGGGAGGCAAAGUGCUGGUGCACUGUCACGUCGGAGUGAGCCGCUCGGCCACCCUGGUCCUUGUGUACCUGAUGCUGAGGCAGAACCUGACGCUCGUGGAGGCUAUCUGUGCUGUGAAAGAUAAACGUGGUGUGAGCCCCAAUCGAGGAUUUCUCAGACAGCUCAUCAAACUAGACGGUCAGCUGUUUGGCACGCAUCCCUGAACGCUGUGUGAUAGUGUUACUGCUCAGCUCUCAUGGGUCCACAACAUAAGGAAAACAUGACAAAGAUGGCUCCAUAUUGAGAAACACUGAUGCCAUUAUAUGGAUGCUUCAAUGUUUUUGAGUCUCAGACUCGCAGCAUCUGAUCCAUUCCAGGAUCAUGUUUUAAUUUCCAGGAACUGUAAGGUGAAAAUAUUUAUAUUCUGUCAGUUCGUAAAUGUUGAUUAAAGUUUUACAGUAAAAAUGUGA